CACUGCCAAUCACGUGGGUACAAAGUGACCUUGGCGCGCGCACCGCCCUCUUCCGCCGUGCUGCAUCCGGGCGCUCCCGCCGGCCCCGCGGCGCCUGCGCAGAGACCCCCCUCCUGGCCCUGAGGUGCGGCAGCCCGAGCGGAGACACCGGACUGCGAUUCCCGGGACGCCGCCCGCUGAGAUGUUCGCCUGCGCCAAGCUCGCCGCCUCGCCCUCCCUGAUCCGUGCUGGAUCAAGAAUCUUGUACAGACCAAUUUCGGCAUCUGUGUUGUCUAGGCCAGAGGUCAAGAAUGGAGAGGGCAACUCAACACUUACUGGGGCCCAAAACACUGUCUCCCGGAUAGCACUUAGAGAAUUCCAGACUAGUGCUGUCAGCAGGGACAUUGACACUGCUGCCAAAUUUAUUGGUGCUGGUGCUGCCACAGUAGGUGUGGCUGGUUCUGGUGCUGGUAUUGGAACAGUCUUCGGUAGUCUAAUCAUUGGUUAUGCCAGAAAUCCUUCUCUGAAGCAGCAGCUGUUCUCGUACGCUAUCCUGGGAUUCGCCCUGUCUGAAGCUAUGGGUCUCUUCUGUCUGAUGGUUGCUUUCUUGAUCCUGUUUGCCAUGUGAAAGGAGAUCUGCCUGUAAUACUGGCAUUGGAACGUAACUGCAUUUUAUGGGACUCCCAAAAUGUUGGUGUCAUGGAAAUUGAUGCUAUUUCCAAAGUCAUUUCAUUAAAGACAACAACUAACUGUCAA